AUGUGGAUGUAUUUAAGAUGCAGAGGACACAAUGAGCUCAAGCUGCCAAAGGAUGCUAGUCCAGUUGGUGCUUUUCCUCUUCCGGUCCUUCUCCGCACGGCGAAGCAGUUCUCCGACUACAACAUCCGCGAGUACACACGCCGCCGCGCCGCGGAUGCCUUCCGCGAGAACCGUGCCCUCGCAGACGCUCCGGCCGCUGCCGCGGCGUUCGCGAAGGGGAAGCAGCGGCUAGAGGUCGCGAAGAGGCAAGCGGUAGUGUACUCGCUCUACGCCCCCAAGGCCAAGAGUGUGAUGGAGUUGAAGGUGCAGUGA